AUGUCAUCAUCAUUAUCAGACAUAGAAGAACAAACAAGUUCAUCGAAUGCUUGUUUUCAUUUUAUUCCUUCAAAAAAUGAUCAUGAACAAUUACAAUGUAAUGCAAAUCCUGAAUCAAGCUUUUAUUGUAUUAAAAAUGCACAACAAUCUUCUUUUAUUCCUUCGACGUCAUCAAUAUUAAGAGCAGGAAGUUCUUUACAACAUCGUUUAUUAAUCAAAGGUGGUCGAGUAAUUAAUGAUGAUGGAAACAUGCUUGCUGAUGUUUUUAUCGAAGAAGGUAUUAUCAAACAAAUUGGACUUAAUCUUAUUGUACCUGCUGGAACAAAAACAAUCGAUGCUACAGGCAAAUAUGUUAUGCCAGGUGGUAUUGAUACACAAACUCAUCUAGAAUUGCAAUUUAUGGGUACAAGAACAGUUGAUGAUUUUUAUACGGGUACCAAAGCAGCAAUUGCCGGUGGCACAACAACCAUUCGUAUGUAUAAGAGAAGGAAAAGCAAAACAUAA